GGUCAACCACUCUACUGAAAUCAAUCCUGUUAGGGGAAUUCACCAGCAUCCUUCAUCUAUCAGGAACCAUGGUGCGUCCAGGUGUGCUGACCAGGCUGCUCCUGCUCUCUCUCCUUUCCUCUGGGACUACAGGUGUGGAGAAAAUGGAUACCAAUAGACUAAAACAAAUCAUCAUGGAAAUUGAGAAUAGGUACCAACCACGAAAUGGUGCUAAGGUCCUUCAGCAUGCUAUUGCCGUCCGAUUUCCCAGUGAUCAAUGUACGGCUAAAACUGAUCUGAGCUUCGAAGACUUGCCUGAAGGUGGCGAUGUGCGUCCAAGACUAAAAGAAAAAGGGGGAAUUUUUGGACAUUCACAUCUGGUUGCUGCUCGGCCUGUUGGUAAAGGCCGUCCGGCCAAGCAUUCAGAGUUCAUUUUGCUAAUGAAAAAAGAUCAGGGGAAAACUCCCAUGGAAAAACUGACCUCGGGCCACCUUGAUGACUGUAUGAUAUUCUACACCUACAACUCCCCCUGCAUGAAGCAAUGCCAAAUGGAUGGACAUCCAAGAAAUAUCUUGACAGCUGUUGAAGAGCUUUGGGGUACUGUCACUGGCCCUAAGGCCUUUGUGUACAAUACAGUCUAUCAGGAUACAGGUAGUUCAGACCUGCUGCCCCUGGCGGGAAAGGUGUCCUUGUACCGCUGCUUUAAUGGUGAAUGUUUUGAUUGCGGAAACACAGUCGAAACCAUUGAAAACAAUAAAUGUGUAACAUAGGUGGUGGAGGAGUAAAUCAGCACAGCUCAUUUUGCAGCCGCUGUUUACAUUUUCU